UCCCCCCUCCCUCCCACUGGGGUUAUAAAUAGCACCCACAGCGCAGAGCAGAGGGCAGGAGAGCUGGGAGGAAGGAGGAGCAGAUCCCCAGCCAUGAGUUCGAGCCAGCCAGGGACCUGCUCGUGUCGGGGUGCUGCAGGCCGCCCGGCCAUUCUGUAUGCACUUCUGAGCCCUAGCCUCAGGGCCAGGCCGUCUGUGCCCCCAGCCCGUAGUCAUUGCCUGUGCAGGCAGCACCGGCCUGUCCGGCUGUGUGCUCCCCAUCGCACCUGCCGGGAAGCCUUGGAUGUUCUGGCCAGAACAGUGGUCUUCCUCAGGAACCUGCCGUCCUUCUGCCAGCUGCCCCCCCAGGAUCAGCAGCGGCUGCUGCGGGGCUGCUGGGGCCCCCUCUUCCUGCUGGGGUUGGCCCAAGACACUGUGACUUUCGAGGUGGCCGAGGCACCAGUUCCCAGCAUACUCAAGAAGAUCUUGCUGGAGGAGCCCAGCAGCAGCUCAGGCAGCGGCCAGCUGCUAGAUCGACCCCAGCCCUCGCUGGCUGCGGUACAGUGGCUUCAGUGCUGCCUGGAGUCCUUCUGGAGCCUGCAGCUGGGCCCCAAGGAAUAUGCCUACCUGAAAGAGACCAUCCUCUUCAAUCCUGGUGUGCCGGGCCUCCACGCCUCCUCCCACGUUGGACACCUGCAGCAAAAGGCUCAUCAUGCUCUGUGCAAGGCCCUGGAGACCUGGUGCCCAGCAGGCCAGGGCCGCUUGGCCCGUGUCCUCCUCACAGCCUCCACCCUCAAGUCCAUUCCGCCCAGCCUGCUUGGGGACCUCUUCUUUCGCCCUAUUGUUGGAGACACUGACAUCGCUGGCCUCCUCGAGGACAUGCUUUUGCUGAGCCAACCUGUUCCAGCCCAGGCAGAGAUCAAGUGCUCCCUCUCACCUCAACGAGCGUCAGAUCACAGCCAGUGA